AUACAUUUGACUUGUAGGCCUUACAGUUAUGAGCAGUGCUUAUCUGUACCGGCAGUUGAUAAUAAUACUAACACUCAAACUGGCCAAUGGUAUUUAGUCUUCAUUCUUGCGCCGACAAAUUGAGUUUAGACAUACGUGAAUUAAAAAAAAUAUUAAAAAAUGCUUAAACUUUUAUAUAAAAUAUUACAAACGGCAUAUUAGAAAUAACAUAUGCAGCAAAUAACAGAAAAAUGUGUGGAUAAACUAAAAGAAGAAACGAAAUUUAAAAUAAAAUAUAUAAUUUUUUUCGUAAAUCUCACUACUAUAUAAUUGUUACUAAAUUACAUUUCGCCAAAAAUAAAAAAUAAAAUAAGAAUCGCGUUACACACUUGCAUUUGACUAAGCAGUGAAAACGAAAAAAAGAAAUUACAGUUACUUAUGUGCUAUAUACAUACAUAUCUAUAUACUGGGCGUGAUGUCUUUCAACAGACUCAAUACAUUUAAGCAAAUGUACUGUAAUACGCGCUUCCUGAAGUUGGCUUUGAGAACCAUCUUUUGCAUCAUAAUUUUACUUACGCUUAUCAUUUUGGUGAUCUUUACACGAAACAAUGCACGAAAUGCAAUCUUCCGCACGUCGAAGUUGCCAUCGUCGCAAGACAGUGUUGUACUCUUCUGGACUGACUUCUUUGAGGACAAGCGCUGGACCUUACCCGCGGACACCCUGCAUGCGAAGUGCCCACAAACAAGUUGCAUUUUCACCAAUCAGCACGACUUUUUACCUUCCAUCGUCGAUUAUGCAGCAAUCGUUUUUCAUACGGCGCGUAAAUUUCCGUUUUUUAACGGCACACCACAACAACGUUCGCCCAAUCAAUCGUAUGUGUUCGCACAAUUAGAAUCGCCUGAACACACCAGGCAUAAUUUACAGGAUGAAAAAAAUUUCUAUAAUCUCACGUUGAGUUAUCGCCUCGAUUCGGACAUUGUGUGGAGUUAUAAUGUGGUCAAAACGAUUUCAACGCGUCAAAUUAUUGCGCCCGCGCAAGAUCCAAUAUGGGCAGCGGUGGAAGUGGGUUGGACUCAAAACGAUGCGGAUUUGUUAUUGUCAAUUGAACGAAAGCGUAAAAUGGCCGCUUGGUUCGUAUCCAACUGUAAGGUGCCCUCGAGACGGGACGGCUUAGUGAAGGCGCUGCAGGCGCACAUGCAAGUCGAUGUGUAUGGCAAAUGUGGGACCUUGAGAUGCGAACGCUUCAACAGCAGUUGCGAUGCGUUGCUCGACAAAGAUUACAAAUUCUAUUUGAGUUUUGAGAAUUCACUUUGCAAGGAUUAUGUAACGGAAAAGCUUUUCAACGCCCUGCAGCGACACAUUGUGCCCGUGGUGUUUGGUGGUGCAAAUUAUACGCGUUUCGCGCCACCACACUCCUACAUUGACGCACAGGACUUUAAAAACGCCUCAACUCUGGCUGCAUACCUUAAUUAUUUGAGUGAGCAUCCUUAUGAGUAUGCCAAGUACUUUUGGUGGCGUCGCUAUUACUUGGUCGAGGCUUACGAAAGCGGCGUUCAAAUGCUGCCAUAUUGUGAGUUAUGUCGGCGUAUUCACUCACAACCCACCGUUAGACGUACACAAAUCUAUGAAGAUAUAAAUGGGUUUUGGACCGAUGAAGUAUGCACGAAAAANGCUCGAAUAGAUUUCUAAGCUCAAAUAAGUUUAUUAUUUAUUGUUUGUAAUUUAUUUAAUUGAAUUAGUAGUUUUUUUUAUAUAUGUAAAUUCUUUGUGCACUGAAAAGACAACAUGCAGGCAUGCGCAUAAAUAAAAGUGAUCACCAUAAGUCUGGAGACAUUUAAUGUCUAUUGAAAAAAAAAAAAAUGUUUUUGGCAAAAUUCGAACAUAGAGUCGUUGUACCGGCAUCAAAUAUUCCCCAAAUAAUUUAGAGAUGCUGCUGAACUGACAGUUCUUGGCAGGAUAAAAAUCCGGGAUCGUUGCGUGUAGUUGCCACUAAGGUGAUACACUGUUCUGAAUCCGAAAAAUAGAGAUGAUGAAAAAUUAAUUCAAAGCAUUUUGGUCUUUCUAUCGUGCCAAAAACCCUACAUAACAGUCCAUUUUGUUGAUUGAAGCUGCCGAGGAAAUUCUUAAGUUCCUGUACUUCAUACUCACAACAACUUCAUCAGCUGUUGUAAUUAUGCAACAGAUUUGGGGACCCUGAACAUUUGAUGUAAAAAAUAAAAAUGUAAAAUCCAUUGAAGCGUGGCAAAUUUACU